AUGAUAACAAGAUCCGUCAAGUCUUUUUGGCAGCGGCAUCUGAGAAGUGUUGGACUGGCCAUAAAAUGCGAAGAACUUCAAGGUAAGUGGAAAUUUCGGAUUUGAUUUUAUUUCUUAGACAAGACAGUGCAAUGGGCGCAUGAUGCGAUUGAGCAGGAAGUUACAAAGCCUUCACAAACCCAUAUUGUUUUAUUCAAUUCUCAUGAGCCGGCGUUGGCACUGAAGUUCUUGGAGUCCGGCUUUCCAGGCGUGUCAUUAAUUGAAAGCAACAUGAAGAUGGCUAAUCGACAAAGAGUAAGGGUUUUAAAAUUAGCUUUCUUGGGGACUUACGGUUUUUGAUAUAAGGCGCGUGCGUUCUACUUCUCUUCGGACUUCCUCGCAGAAAACCCGCAUUUCUUGUCUGUGGGCCCGCUAGACAAGAAACGCGCAAUUCUUGUCUAAAAUUGCGUAACAUUGCGCAACAUUGCGCAAUUUUCUGCUCUCUCCCCGUGAAGAUUUUUUUCUUUUUUUCUCUGCUCAGUCAAGAAUUGCGCAUUUCUUGUCUAGCGGGCCCACAGACAAGAAAUGCGGGUUUUCUGCGAGGAAGUCCGAAGAGAAUUAG